AUGACGAGCGCCGGAGGCUGCGCUCUCGUGCUUAUCUUUUUGAUUGGGAGUGCAUCUGGUCAGGACUAUGAUGUAACAGAUAUACAGUGCACAUUCGCAAGUACCGGCUCAGGGAUCCGUGACUCGGUCACAGCCUUACUUCGGAAGCCCGAGGGGUUCCGCGGAGCACCCUUGUUCGCUGACGAUAGAGCUACAGACCCCGUGGCUGACCCCAUGUGCCAGAUUCGUCCUGAACCGGAGGACCCCACAGGAUUACUCUAUCGAUUACGGAUCGCCGACUUUACAAAAUGUGGAGUGCUAAAACGGAAUGGAUUCGUUCACGUCCGUGUAUGGUUCCCUCAAUUCCCCGGCGUAGUGAUGCAGUCAGAUCAAGAGCUGAUCAUCAUGUGCAAGCCGCCAGAGCCUACCAUCAUAGAGAACAAGGCUGCAGGUUUUGCCGGUAGUUUUCCGCACGGUGCCCGCGUAUCAGGGGUGGUUGAAGAGACUCCUGGCCGGCUGGAGUAUGAAGUAGCGUUGUACAAAGAGGCACCACCUCUGUCCCGACACUCCAAUCACUCAGUAGACAUGCCUGUUGACCAGGCAGUACCGAUUGGCACAAAGCUCCAACUGCGCGCGCGCAUUAACCCUGAUUCUGCAUGGAGGCACAUAAAGCUAUUGGAAGUCGCGGUGUCCCCAGACCCAGAUCGACCUCACGCUGCUGGCGCUGUCUUGUUGGUUAAGGAUGGAUGUCGCAACCGAGACUUCGCGUCAAUCAUCCCCCACCAGCCAGCGCGUUACCGAGAGAGGCAUAACGAGGUCUUUUUGGAUUUCGAAGCUUUUCUCCUAGCGUCAAUGAAAGAACGGUCUACUCUGUGGAUACACUCCCAGAUCAAGGCUUGCAUGGAGCCUGCUGACUGUCAACCGGACUACUGUCUCGAUUUGUAUGAAACUUCAGGACAUGGUCGUCGCAAAAGAUCGCUAGCGAGUACGGUGGAACACAAUAUAACCAGCGCCUCUCUGGUGGCUGACAAUGGAAGUACACCGUUCACUCGCUUCAAAGAGAAUCUUGAGUAUUCAGUAAUUAUGCCGGGAGAACUCUUCCAUAGAACACCCAUAGAGGCAACCUGUGCGACAUCUAUGAUGAUAUCAGUGGCACUAGGCACUCUGCUGUUUAUGUCCGCAUUGCUGAUGUGCUACCUCGCAACAAAAUUAAAUUCGACAAUGAUGAAAAACAACAGCCUACCUACUAGAGGAAAAGGCUUCGAGCAGAUUUUACGAGAAUUGGCUCACCAUUCAAUCCCUGACACGGGAUAUACGGGACGGCCUACCGUGCAAUAA